CAGGUUGUGUCACUCAUUAGAUAACUUUGUAUUUGUUUGAAAAGCACAAUGGUCCCUCCUACUGGACUUUGAGCUAGCUCAACUUUUACCUAACAACCUCAGAUUAUUACUGGAAUACCUCUAUGAAGAAUAUUCUCCAGUUUUCUUUAGAGAUUUUGGCAUAUGUGAUUGAUUUAAGCUUCCGAGAUGGCUGGAAAACUUUUUACUGCUCUGCUUUUGUUUUUUGUGAGUCUGGGAGAAGGAAGGAAAUCAUUUCUCCGUGUUCUGAAUAUAGAAAAGACAGAAAUACUAUUUUUCACAAAGACUGAAGAAUCCGUCAUCGUAAGGUCAACUUACAAAGAUAAACAGCCCAACUCCAGCUAUCUAUCUGUGCAAUUAGAUGAUCUGAAUAUGCUGCAAGUGGUAAAUGUGACCAAGACCUUAUCGGAUGAUACAAACUUUACAAUAAAUCUGGUGACAGAUGAAGAUGGAGAGACAAAUUUGACUAUUCAACUAUGGGAUUCUGAAGGUAGGCAAGAAAGACUCAUUGAAGAAAUAAAGAAUAUCAAAGUCAAAGUGCUCAAACAAAGAAAAGAUAAUCUUUUCCAGGCAUCAAUGCACAUCAACAGGAAUAUCCUAAUGCUUAUUCUGCCUGUGGUACUGUUAAACAAAUGUGCAUUUGGUUGCAAGAUUGAACUGCAGGUGUUUCAGACAGUUUUGAAGAGACCUUUGCCAGUAAUUCUUGGGGCAGUUACACAGUUUCUUCUUAUGCCAUUUUUUGGAUUUCUUUUGACUCAGAUUUUGGCAUUGCCUGAGGCACAAGCAUUUGGAUUUGUACUUACCUGUACAUGCCCAGGAGGGGGUGGAGGCUAUCUCUUUGCUCUGCUUCUAGAGGGAGAUAUCACUUUGGCCAUUUUGAUGACUUGCACAUCAACAUUGUUGGCCCUGAUAAUGAUGCCUACCAAUUCUUAUAUAUAUAGUAGGAUGUUAGGGUUAUCAGGUAUAUAUUAUAUUCCUGUUUUUAAAAUUAUGUCAACACUUCUUUUCAUUCUUUUCCCUAUAUCAAUUGGAAUAGUCAUCAAACGUAGAAUACCUGAAAAAGCAAUCUUCCUGGAGAGAAUAAUUCGACCUCUGAGUUUUAUUUUAAUGUCUGUAGGCAUUUAUUUGACUUUUAGAAUGGGACUAAUGUUUGUAAAAACAGUUAACCUAGAGAUGCUACUAUUAGGUGCCUUAGUUCCUGCUUUGGGUCUGUUGUUUGGGUAUUCCUUUGCUAAAAUGUCUAUGCUGCCUCUUCCUGUUUGUAAAACUGUUGCUAUUGAAAGUGGUGUACUCAAUAGUUUCUUAGCCUUUGCCAUAAUUCAGCUCUCUUUUUCACAAUCUAAGGCAGCCUUGGCUUCUGUGGCUCCUUUUACAGUGGCUAUGUGUUCAGGAUGUGAAAUGUUACUGAUCCUUUUGGUCUACAAGGCUAAAAAAAAAUGUAUCUUUAUCAUAGAAGAUAAAAGAAAAAAAAUUCCUUUGGUCUAACAAAGCAUUACUGAACUCCUACUUUGGGUAAGGGAUUGUGAGAGAUCAAAUAAUAUCUAAAAUGAUGCCUGUUCUCAUCCUACUUAUGAUCUUCUUUAAAACUUGACAUUAAGGGGGAAAUUUUAUAUAUAAAACCAUGUGUUAAAUUCCCAAAGAGUAGAACAGACUAUCCAAGAGUUCAGGGAGGAUGAUCACUUUUUAUAAACAUUUGAAAAUACUUGAUAGAGUUGAAUUUGAAUGUUUUGUUUCAUUAUGGUCUCUUAAAUGGCAAAAGCCCCUGUGUUGGUUAUGAUAUAUCCUAAGUAUUUAUAGAAGGAAUAUCAAAAUAAUAUUUAUUAAAUGCUUACA